UUCCAAAUCUACUGUUUACUUAUUAACUGUGUUAAGAGGACAUUUUCCAUGUAAAAGAUUAAUUUUUUACAUAUCCAGAUAUCUCCCUCCUGCCAGGAUUUUUUUUUCUCUUUUUGGUUUAUUAAACAAGGUCUUCUUUCACUCAAGAGUGCACUUUGGACAUUGCAUAUUUCCCUUAACAAAGGGGGAAAAAACCUCUGCUUGACAGGAAAAGUAGAAGAAGAUGAGUUUUACCAGAUUGCUUUCUGUAAACCUGAAUGAUGGACACUUCAUGCCUAUGCUGGGGUUUGGCACCUCUGCCCCUAGGAAGGUUGCCAUGAGUAAUGUAGAAGAAGCCGUCCAGGUGGCAAUAGAUGUAGGCUACCGCCAUAUUGACUCAGCUUAUUCGUACCUGAAUGAAGAAGCCAUCGGGCAGGCCAUCAGGAAGAAGAUUGCCAAUGGCACUGUGAAAAGAAACGAUAUAUUCUAUACCACAAAGCUGUGGGGCACCUUUUCCCGCCCAAAAUUGGUCCAAAGAGGCCUGGAACUGUCACUACAGAAACUUCAGCUGAGCUACGUGAAUCUUUACCUCAUUCAUUACCCGGUAUCUUUGCAGCCUGGAGAGGAGUUUCUCCCAAUGGACUCACAGGGAAAGAUCAUUUUUGACACCGUGGAUCUCUGCAGCAUGUGGGAGGCCAUGGAGAAGUGUAAGGACGCAGGAUUGGCCAGGUCCAUCGGGGUGUCCAACUUCAACCGCAGGCAGCUGGAGAUGAUCCUCAACAAGCCAGGGCUCAAGUACAAGCCCGUCUGCAACCAGGUGGAAUGUCACCCUUACCUCAACCAGAGCAAACUCCUGGAGUACUGUAAGUCCAAGGACAUUGUCAUGACUGGAUAUGCUGCCUUGGGGUCUGACCCAGGCAAGGAUUGGGUGAAAAAAGACAACCCAGUUCUCCUGGAGGAUCCAGUACUCAAUGCCAUUGCUGAAAAGCACAGGCGAACUCCAGCCCAGGUUGCCCUGCGCUACCAGCUGCAGCGGGGGGUGGUGGUCCUGGUCAAAAGCUUCACUGAGAAGAGAAUCAAAGAGAACUUCCAGGUUUUUGACUUCCAGCUGACACCAGAGGACAUGAAAACCAUAGAUGGCCUGAACAAGAAUAUGAGCUAUUUUGACCAUUCUCUCUUUUCUCACCACCUGGAUUCUCAAUUUCCUGAUGAAUAUUAAGAAAAUUAUCUGUGGUUGUUCCAGAGCUUAUUGAUUUUGGUUGAUGAAUAGAGACCAUUUCAAGGAUGAGAAGUUUCUAGUAUACCCCAUUGAUUAGCCUGCUCAGUCACAAGUUGGCCUAAGACCCUGGAUCAGAAAAUAAAAGUAUCUAAACCCAGUUUUCUUUGAUUCCCACUGCCACAACUGCCAAAAUAAAGAUGUAUUUGAAGCAAUCUAA